AUGGAGAUCUUAGCAGCGACCAGGCAUAAUGCAGGGGCGUCUUCUUCCAACGCUGCCCCGACUACUGCCGAGUGGAGCUUGGAGAGUUUUCUCCAACACCAUCCGGCCAAAUUCAGUGGAAAAUGCCUUCCUGAUGAGGCGGACCAGUGGCUGAGAGACAUGGAACGUAUCUACAAUGCUAAGAGGUGUCCGGAUGAAAGCCGCCUGGCUUUUACAGAAUAUUUACUGACUGGUGAAGCUAGCCAUUGGUGGACGAGUGUGAAAGCCAUCUUAACGGACGCUCAGAAUCCUAUCACCUGGGCUGUUUUCAGAGGCAAAUUUUACGAAGAGUACUUCCCGGACAGCGUUCGUUACGCUAAGGAAGUUGAGUUUCUUCAACUGGCGCAAGGAGCGAAGUCUGUGUCGGAGUAUACCAACACUUUUAAACAUCUUCUGAGGUUCAACACGAUGGCCACCAGUGAGGAGUGGCAGUGUAGGAAAUUCAAGAACGGACUGCAGAGUGAUUUGAAGGUAUUGAUUUCCAGUUUGUGCAUCCGGUCGUUCCCAGCCAUGGUUGAGAGGGCUAAAGUAUUAGAGAAAAAUAUGGCUGAGGCGGAACAACAGAAGAAACAACAGGCGUCAAGAGGACCAAUUCUGUCGAGACCAAAUGUGAAUCGGAACAGGACCCCAUACGCUCGUCCAGCUCAGUCGAGUGGUUCACAAGCUAUGGUAGUUGCUGGACAAGCAAAUCAGCCGGGGCCGGUCAGAUGUUUUCAAUGCGGAGGACCCCACUUUAGAUCAUCAUGCCCUCAGUUGGUUGGAGGGAAAUAUUGCACUCGUUGUAAGAGAAACGGUCAUCUGGAAAACGAGUGUAAUAUGGGCGGACGUGCAGUGAUGAGACCGCCGAACGCUGGAAGGAAUCAACAAGGUAGAGGUGGACGAGCCCAAGCGGUUGGGCGUGUGUAG